CGAAACGGAAUGGCUCCGGCAUGGCCGCUCCCUGAUCUCAUCCUAGCCGGAUAGCGCCGUCCUUAUCCCACCAAGUCCUACGGGUUAUAUUUGUUUGUUUGUUGGUCGAUCAGUCCACUUCGGCGCUACCUGCUCCCCCUCCCCGAUCCGUCUGAUUCCUCCCCUCCCGGCUCGCGUCGCCUGACGUCGUGCCCGGAGCAGCAGGGGAUUUCCGUGGGUGCCGACGAGGCGGACCGGUCGCCGGCAGCCAUGGUCGGGCGGAGCUCCCUCCCGGAUGGCGCCCUCUUCCUCGGACUGGACAGCUCCACUCAGUCUGUGAAAGCUACUGUGCUCAGCAAUGAGUUAAUAAUAGUCGCUUCUGAAACUGUUAAUUUUGACUCCGAGUUACCGCACUACAAAACCGAGGGUGGGGUCUACAGAGAUCCUACAGAUGACGGCCGUAUAUAUUCACCAACCAUAAUGUGGGUGGAGGCCUUGGAACUGCUUCUUGAGAAACUAAAACCAAAGAUCAACUUCAGUAAGGUUGUGGCCGUUUCAGGGAGUGGGCAACAGCACGGCAGCGUUUAUUGGAAGAAGGGUAGUCAAGCUGUGCUGUCUUCCCUGGAUCCUGGUAAGAGCUUGGUAUCUCAGCUUAAGGAUGCCUUUUCUACCAUGGACUCGCCAAUAUGGAUGGACAGUAGCACCACCAAGCAAUGCAGAGAAAUAGAAAAUGCUGUCGGAGGAGCAUUGGAGUUAUCUGAGCUGACAGGGUCUCGUGCCUAUGAGAGAUUCACCGGGCCCCAGAUACGGAAGAUCUACCAAACAGCACCCCAUAUUUAUGAAAAUACCGAGAGAAUAUCUUUGGUGAGCUCAUUCAUGGCAUCUAUCCUUGCUGGAUGCUAUGCAAGUAUUGAUGAAACUGAUGGUGCUGGGAUGAACUUGAUGGAUAUAAACCAGAGGACCUGGUCAAAAGCUGUUUUAGAGGCAACUGCUCCUGAUCUUGAACAGAAGCUGGGAAAUCUGGCACCGGCAUAUGCAGCUGCAGGUCGGAUUUCUUCAUAUUUUGUAGAAAGGCAUCAGUUUGACAAGAACUGUUUGGUUAUUCAGUGGUCAGGUGACAAUCCCAAUAGCCUUGCAGGUUUAACACUGAAUACACCUGGCGAUCUUGCAAUCAGCCUUGGUACUAGUGACACAGUUUUUGGGAUUACUGCCGAAGCUAAACCAAGCCUUGAAGGCCAUGUUUUCCCCAACCCUGUUGAACCGGAUGGUUACAUGGUGAUGCUAUGUUACAAAAAUGGCUCAUUGACCCGGGAAGAUGUGCGGAAUCAGUGCGCAGAAAAAUCGUGGGAUGUUUUCAACAACUAUCUAGAGAAAACACCCCCUCUGAAUGGUGGGAAGUUAGGAUUCUACUACAAAGACCAUGAGAUCCUGCCUCCUCUUCCUGUUGGUUUCCACCGAUACAUUGUCGAGAAUUUCAAUGACGCCUCAUCUAAUAAUCUGAAGGAGCAUGAGGUGCAAGAAUUUGAUCCACAAUCUGAGGUCCGUGCCAUCGUCGAGGGUCAGAUGUUGUCCAUGAGAGGGCAUGCCGAGCGGUUUGGCAUGCCCAACCCACCAAAGCGGAUCAUAGCAACUGGUGGGGCAUCCUCCAAUGAGAGCAUCCUCAAGUUGAUCGCGCAAAUCUUUGGCUGCCCUGUCUUCACAGUUGAGAGACCUGAUUCGGCCUCGCUGGGUGCAGCUCUGAGAGCCGCCCACGGGUGGCUGUGCAAGGAGGAAGGAGGUUUUGUUCCCAUCUCCCGGAUGUACACGGGCAACCUGGAGAAGACCUCGCUGGGCGCAAAGCUGGCGGUCCCGGCGCCGGGGGAGGAGGGCAGGGAGCUCCUGAAGAAGUACACGGUGCUCAUGAAGAAGAGGAUGGAGAUCGAGAGACGCCUGGUGGAGAAGAUCGGGCGUGCGUAGAUAUACUAUAGGACAUUUCAUAUGGCACUGGGGCCAUAUGAGCAUAGGGAUUAUAUAGGAAAUAUAAUAAAGUCAUUGUGUCAACUGUUGACGCUAGCUGGUGUCGUGCGCGUCAGCCGUGAAGAAUGUGCCGCGGUCCUGUGAACGAAUAAUUUGUGAUGCAUUCGUUAUGAAAAACUGUCACAUGUUUCUACAGA